AUGAGUGUGGAGCCUGAAUUCCAACUCAAGCAAACCAACGUCUCUCAACCUCAACUAUCCCACCAAACCUCGCAGCAGAGCGUUGCUGCUUCAUUAGCUGCUUCCGAAGGCUACUACAGCGCGUCAGAACAGGCGUCUAGUUCGAGCGAAGAAAGACAGCCUUCCUACCGGACGCCGCCCUCUGCCCACCGAACACCAGCGCAAAGUCAUGAGCAGUUGGUGCCACACACUGACGUCCCAAUAACGUCCCUACGAGGCAUCGGUAUCCCCAGGCAGCAGCCUCAGCGCCCUCAGUCACCCGCCGUCUCUACCAUUGCCGAGGAAUCGAGACCAGACACCCGAGACGCGAGACGCUCCCAGUUACUGCCCAACAUGGACGCCGAAUCGCAGGUAACCACACCAGGCCAGGACACCACGCCAUACAUCCGCUUUGCUAUCGACCAGCUUACUCGAGACGAGGAGGUCAGAGGAUCGAGAAUAUACCCAGAGGUUCGACCAGAGGACGACGAAGAUGAUUAUCCCGUCGAUAGGAUCGUUCACGACAAUGGCUUGGGAUACAUGGCCCAGGAACAGAGGACACAGCAAAGAAUGUCGCAAAAGAUACCACGGAAACCUUUGAGGAAUUCAUCAACACCGCUUGCGGAAGCCCCAGCACCUAUGGCUACCACGCAACCUUACAACCCGCACUACCAAUCCCAGCAGUACAGGCAACAGCAGUCGCCCUCGCCUCCUCGGUCACAAGAUGACGUUUUCGUAGCUCAUACUCAACAUGCGCCACUCCACUUCCUCCCAGCCAUUCUUCGCCCAUUUUGGCUUGGUAUCUUCAUCUUCCUGUGCAUCCUUAUGAUUGCCGCACUGAUCUUCUCCGCGGUUUACUCCAACCGCAACGACGUUGGCGGGCUAUGGAACUACAACGCUUUUGGCGACAACCGCUAUUUCGUGUUCGAAUACCUCCCAACCCUAUUGGGAAUGCUAUUGCUGCUUUGGCUCAUCCAGGUUCAGACGGCUCUCCAACGCCUCAUACCCUUCAUCUCAAUGGCUUCUGAUUCCUUCCACAAGCGAUCUGAAGCUGUCUUCCUCCGACUGUACCCUAUGCAGUUCUUGUUGCCCAACUUUGAGCAUUUCCACUCUGGACACUCCGGCGUCGGAGUUUUCUUUCUCGUAUCAUGGUUGUUUACUUGGACGAUACCCCUUCUUGCUUCUGCUUUCAACGUACGUUAUGACCUAGAACGUAGUGUUUGGCGAUGGGUAGCUGUCCAAGGCAUCGUCUGGACCAUCGUUGUUCUUUACAUUCUUCUUGUCAUUGUCCUGGUCUAUCUGCUGGUUUUCCUUAUCCGCAACCCGACUGGCCUGAAGUGGGACCCUCGAUCGCUUGCCGAUAUCAUCUCGCUUCUCGAGCGCUCAAACAACCUCACCGACUACAAUGGUUCCGAGACAUUUGAGAAAGGUGAUUGGCAUCUUGUCAGCAACCGCGCAGAUCGCCUUGGAUACUGGACGACCACCAAAAGGCCUAGCGACGUCUUCUAUGGCAUCGGCGAAGAGGGUGCUGGAAUUCGGAGGUUCUCAGUCGAGCGAGGGCGUAUCAUGGAGAAGGGAGCAGAGCGCACCAGUUCUGAGCUAGCCCAGGGCAACGAUUUCACUAUCCGCACCGACAUCCGCAACCCGAGCGUGCGAUUGCGAUACCUUCCAUGGUAUCUGAAGGACACUUCAGUUAUUGCAUGGAUCGUCAUCGCUGGCGUAUUGCUGGUCGCUUUCCUGGUCGUUAGUUUUGUCAAUGACGCUGUUCGACUUGGAUUCCUGCCCCAAGUCUUCGCCCGUACAGACUCAGGUGGCUUCUCGGCUUCAAACUUCCUCUACUCCUUCAUCCCAGCACUGAUUGCCAACUUCCUCUUCCUGGCUUUCUUGUCCUUGGACUACUCCCUCCGUGUACUCCAGCCCUAUAUUGCGCUGUCCGCGAAGGGCGGAGCCACCGCCGAAGCUUCCCUGCUAGUCGACUAUGCCUGCCGUUUACCUCUCUCGGUUACUCUAGCAGCGCUCGAGAACAGACACUGGCAAACAGCAGUUCUUUCUUUUGUCUCGUUGACAUCAGCCACCCUUCCUGUUCUUGCUGGAGGCUGCUUCUGGACGCAAUACUACGGCAGCGAAGAUGUCGUUCGUGUUGCAGCAGAGCUUGCAGGAUACUACGCCCUCUGCUUUUUCCUCGCCUUGUACGGUAUCAGCCUCCUCGCUCUCUUGCCAGGUCGCCGCCGAGCCGCCCUUCCUCACCGCAGCAACACACUCUCUGAGAUAAUCAGCUGGGUAUACCAAUCUCCCAUCCUCGUCGACCGCGCCUUCUCUCGUCCACAGACAAAGCCCGAGCUUGUAGCAAAGCUAAUGGGAACCACCUACGCCGAGCGCACAUGGGCGCAAUCGGCCCUCUCCCUGGUCCGCCCGUCGCGCAACAAUCUGCGUAAUGACGAGGCUGCAGAACCUGCCCUAGGCGACAAGGGAAAAGGACGCAAAAGUGAGAAACACAACUCUUACACCGAUCCCCAUAAGAUUCGCUAUGGCUUCGGCAUCCACGUAGGUCGCGACGGCCUCGAGCACCUCGGUAUCGAUCGCGUCCACCGUGGUGGAGAAAGGAGUGGUCGCGAGCUCGUCAUCUGGGAGGAGCAGCAACAGAGCAAGAGGAAGAGCUGGACAAGCCAGGCUUAG